AUGGUGAUUACACGCAAGCUAAAGUAUGACACUCCUCGCCUGGCCAUGGGCGGGAUCGACAUUGGAAUGUCGAAGGAAGUGAAGAUACUGGGACUGACGAUAGACGCAGGCCUCACCUUCAACUCUCACGUUGCCGGCGCAUGUAAAAAAGCAAUUGCUAUUUACAAGCACCUUGCCAGAUCUGCACGUGUGAGUUGGGGACUGCACCCAGAGGUCGUGCGUUCGAUCUACACCGCCGUUGUCGAACCUAUAGUGCUGUACGCCGCGAGUGCAUGGGCGCCAGCCGUGAACAAACUGGGGAUAAGAAAACAGCUGAACGUGGUACAAAGAGGCUUCGCUCAAAAGCUCUGCAGAGCCCAUCGCACGGUCUCCCUGCACUCGGCCCUCUUGCUGGCGGGGAUACUCCCCCUCGAUCUUCGAGUGCGUGAAGCUGCUUCACUGUACGAAGCAAAGAGGGGAUUGCCCCAUUCAGCAUUAGGGGACCGGGACAUAGAAACAAUGACAAGUGCGAUGGACUUCCCCCACCCAGCCGAACAGACAACUGUAGAGUUCGGUAGCCUGGUAGACGAGGAACAAUAUAACAACCACGCCUUUAAUUACGACGUGAGAAUCUUCACGGACGGCAGCAAAAUCGAGGGCAAAGUCGGCGCGGCGCUAUCUUUGUGGGAUAGUGCCACCGAAAUUAAGUCGAAAAAACUUGUACUGCCGUCCUACUGCACCGUGUACCAGGCGGAACUGUUGGCACUACAGAGAGCAGCUGGGGAGGCGCUCAAAAGCGAAAAAACCACGUUCGGCAUAUUCAGUGACUCAAUGGCGGCGCUGCAAACUGUCGCCAACCCAACCUCCCCCCAUCCUCUGGCAGUGGAAACAAGAAAUGCUCUCCGCCACUGCGCCUCCCAGAAUAAGAGAGUUUCCUUGUUCUGGAUAAAAGCCCACGCAGGUUUGGAGGGAAAUGAAAGGGCCGAUUACCUGGCGAAGGAAGCAGCGCUGCGAUCGAAGAGGAGAAUCCGUAUGGACACGAUCAGCGAGUGGGACGCGAGGUAUAAAUCCGGUGACACCGCCUCAAUCACCAAGAUAUUCUUCCCCAGUGCAGCCGCGGCGUAUAGCACUGUAAGGAAGAUUGAAACCAGCAGCAUCACCACCCAGCUGUUCACCGGGCACGGUGGAUUCUCCGAAUACUUGUACCGUUUCAAGCUUCGGGGGAAUCCAUCGUGUCUCUGCGACCCCGCCGUGGAGGAGACUGUCCCGCACGUGAUAUUCGCGUGUCCGGUGUACGCGCGUGCCAGACAUGAGGUCGAACAGCGCCUGGAGGGAGAAAAGUUUAGCCCAGAAGACAUUCACGAGCAUAUGAAGAAGGCCAAGACGAGAAAUAUAGUACUUGACUUCUGUAAACAUGUCAUCAGUCAAGUAAUUGCAAAAAACAAAACAUAG